ACCACUACUACCACUUUCACCCACUCUCUCUCUUACUUGAGAGACAGUUGUAGAGAGAGAAGGUAGAACACUAGAUUUCAAAUGUAGGAUGAGUAAAGCAAAAACCAUCUUUUUCAUUGUGGGGUUUUCGUAAAACUCAAUUUUUUUCCUUAAAAAAUAAGAAUUUAAGAGCAAAAAAAAAAAAAAAAAACAUAGAAAAGAGGUUCAUUUGGUUCCACAGUGAAGAGACACAAAAAGGAACAAAGAAAAGUAGAGGCAAAUGCUGAUACCCUUUUCAUCUCUAAAUCAGAAGAUCGCUUAACACAAUCCAAGAUCAUCUACUUUCAUUCUUUCUCUUUGCAUUGGAUCGUUUCCAUUGAAAAAUUUUUGUUGAUUUUAUGAUUGGUUUUGUUCAAAAAGGAUGGUGAAACUUGAAAGUAUCUGAAGAGUGGUGUAACCGUAAGUGUUACCUUAAAUAGACAAAAAUGAGGUCUGACACUCUUCUUGACUACGCUGUGUUACAAUUGUCUCCGAAGCGUUCAAGAUGCGAGUUGAUUGUUUCAAGUGAUGGAAUCACUGAAAAGCUAGCAUCAGGAUUAGUAAAGCCGUACUUGGACCAUUUAAAGGUGGCAGAGGAGCAGGCUGCACUUUCUGUGCAGUCAAUAAGGCUAGAAAUUGAUAGACAUAGAAAUGCCGAGAGAUGGUUUACGAAAGGAACAUUUGAGAGGUUUGUGCAGUAUGUUGGCAUGCCAGAAAUUUUAGAAAUGGUGAACACCUUUGAUGCAGAGAUGUCCCAGUUGGAAGCAGCGCGGAAACUAUAUUCUCAGCGGACAGGAGAUAAGCGAAUGGAUUCACAAGGUGGGGAUGGAACAAGAGUCAUCGCAGCGGCAGAUGCAACAACGAAGGAACUGCUAAGGGCUAUUGAUGUGAGACUGAGUGCAGUUAGGCAGGACUUAGCAACAGCAUAUGCUAAUGCAUCAGCAUCUGGAUUUAAUCCUUACACUGUCUCUCAACUCAAACACUUUGCACAUCAAUUCCGUGCCCAUCGCUUGAAUGAUGCAUGUACCAAAUACACGUCAGUAUACGAAAGAAGACCAGAGCUUAUUAAUCAACAAGAUGAGAAGCCACGUGUCGAUGACAGAGAACUACGUUCAUCAGUUAACUCUGACAUGUCCAUUGACAAUGAUGAUGAUGAUGAUCAAGCCCAACCCCAAGCCCAAUUCGAAGCCCAAGAACAACCCAAAACAUCCUCCACGUGGCAACCACCCAAAACAUUCACCACUUCCACAUCACUACGACGUAGCACCAACAACGACAACAACGUUAUAUUAAACCAAAAAAACGAAACAACAGACAACAUCAACAACAACGACACAAACAAUAAAGAACAACUGAACGAGUCUUCUCCGACGUUGUUGCCGUCGUCUCCAACACCGGCUCUGACGGGACGACGGCUCAGUGUACAAGACCGGAUUAACCUUUUUGAAAAGAAGCAAAAAGAGAAUACAACUGGAAAACCGGUUGAGCUUCGGAGAAUGUCUUCUGAUGUUUUUCGAAGAUGGAGUAGUAGUAGUGACAUGAGCAUUGAUGUCAGCAUCGAGAAAAAAAAUUCUCAAGACCCUUCUUUUUCAAUAGAUAACAACAACAAUGACACCGAAAGCAAUAAUGAUAAUAAUAAUGAUGAUGAUAUUGAUAAGGAUAAUGAUAAUUUUGAUAAGGGUGUGAAAAAUGAUCAUGGGUCUUCUUUGGAGAGUUGUAAAGUUUCAAUUUUUGAUGAAGAGAGGAGUGGCGUGGGGUUGAAGGAUCAAGUGGGUGUUUCUGGGAUGUUAUUGAAAGGUUCAUCAGAUAGGUAUGAGUUUGCUGUUGAUGAUGAUGGGAAUAAUGAUGAUGAUGAUGGUGGUGGUGGUGUGAAAAGUAAUGUGGUUGCCAAGUCACUUGGUAGGGUCCAUCGUAGUCAUUCUCGAUCUUUUUCAGCUCAGUUUGAAAGUGGUGGUGGUGUUGGAUUCAAAUCUAGAUUAUCUUCUUCUGUUGUUUUAAAUGGUGUUGAUCAAUCCACAACUCAAUCCCAAUUGAGAUCUUUUGCUGUUGAAACUGAGGAUUUAAAGAAUCGGGUUAAGGAAGAGGAUUCUUCUCAAGUUAUGAAAACUAAGUAUCAGAAACCUCUACCUUCUAGUUUGGAACAAACUGGGGUGGCGCGGAGUAAAAGGGAUGAAAUUCGGAGUGCUAAUGAAAGUACUAAGUUGAACCUUCCUGGUAAAAAACAGGUUUUGGAGAGUCAGGAUAAUGCCCGUGUGACUGCGCCUAUCGAGCAGAAUCAGAGAGUAAGACAGUCUAAAGGAAAUCAGGAGAUGCAUGAUGAGCUGAAACUGAAGGCUGAUGAGCUUGAAAAGCUUUUUGCUGAGCAUAAGCUUAGGGUUCCUGGUGACCAAUCUGGUACUGCACGGAGGAUCGAGCCUGCUGAUAACUUGCAGUCUAGAAGACCUGGAGUGGGGGAUUCAACUCCUCAGCCACCUUCCAGAAUCAGUGUGCCUGAACCGGCUGUUAACUCGCAGUCUAGAAGACCUGGAGUGGGGGAUUCAACUCCUCAGCUGCCUUCCAGAAGCAGUGUGCCUGAACCGGCUGUUAACUCGCAGUCUAGAAGACCUGGAGUGGGGGAUUCAACUCCUCAGCCACCUUCCAGAAGCGGUGUGCCUGAACCGGUUGCGAGUUCUGGUACUAAGUCGCUUGCAAAGAUGGUGGACAGUCACAAUGCCGGUGGUGAUGCUUUAAGGCAAAAUUUCUCGGAACUUAACUUCGGCGAUGAAUCUAGAGGAAAGUUUUAUGAAAAGUACAUGAAAAAGAGGAAUGCUAAACUUCAGGAAGAGUGGAGUUUGAACAGAUCAGAGAAAGAAGCUAGGAUGAAGGCCAUGCAAGAUAGUCUUGACCGGAGUAGGGCUGAGAUGAAGGCUAAGUUUUCAGGGUCUAUAAACAGACAAAAUUCAGCAGGAGGUUUUCAACGCGCUGAGAAACUUGGAUACUUCAAAUCAAAUAUAAAGAGAGACCAGCAUCCUAUAGAUUCCCUUCAAAAUGAAGAGGAUGAAGAUCUUUCUGAAUUUUCGGAAGAAAAGAUAUAUGGUGCUUCAAAGCAAAGUAGGAAAAAUUUUCCUAACAGAAAUGUGUCUUCAGGUACCCCUCGCACAGCAGUAGUGUCAAUGUCACGUCCAUCCGCCAAACGAAGGGACAAUCCUCUUGCUCAAUCUGUUCCGAACUUCUCUGAUUUAAGAAAAGAAAACACAAAGCCUUCUUCUGGAGUAAGCAAAUCAACCCGCUCUCAGGUGAGAAACUAUGCUCGUAGCAGAAGCUCGAAUGAAGAGGAGCAAGGUAUCAAGGAAGAGAAGCUAAGGCAAACUCUGUCUUUACGGAAGAGCUCUGCCAACCCUGCAGAGUUUAAGGAUUUGUCUGCUUUGAAUUCAGAUGGGAUUGUUUUGACUCCAUUGAAAUUUGAUUUGGACGAGACUGAUCCAGGCCCUUAUGAUCAAUCAUCAAGGUCUUUUGUUAAAAAGGGUAGCACUGUAGGACCUGGUUUUGUAGGCAGUGCUAUCAGGAUGAAAGCUUCAAUGGCACCUGAUAUUGAGAAAAAUAAAGAUUUCAAUGACUUAGAAUUUGAUAUGGAAGAUUCAUUCCAUACGACCAUAGAGGAACAAGAUGAAAUUGGAAGUAUGGCCAUUGAAGAUUCUGCUUAUAAUAAUAAUGGAAAGGUUAGUCUGAGCCAGGAAUCUGGUAAUUCUGGGUCUGAAAUCAGUGAUUCUACGAGGUCUCUUGCUCAGGCAGACCCUAUUUUAGGGGGUGAAAUGCCUAAUGCAUUUUCAUCAACUUUCAAUGGUGUUGGAUCUCUGCAGGAAUCUCCAGUUGAAAGUCCUGUGUCCUGGAACUCACGCGCACCUCAUCCUUUUUCUUACCCGCAUGAGUCUUCUGACAUUGAUGCUUCUAUAGAUUCUCCAAUUGGAAGUCCUGCUUGGAAUUCCCGUUCCCUUAUCCAGGGUGAGAGUGAUGCUGCUCGAAUGAGGAAAAAAUGGGGAAGUGCUCAAAAACCUUAUCUUGUCGCUAAUUCUUCCCAAAGUCAACCCAAGAAAGAUGUCACGAAAGGUUUUAAGCGAUUGCUUAAGUUUGGGAGAAAAACUCGUGGGACAGAGACGCUGGCUGAUUGGAUUUCUGCUACAACUUCAGAAGGAGAUGAUGAUAUGGAAGAUGGUCGAGAUCUGGCCAACCGGUCAUCGGAAGACCUGAGGAAAUCGAGAAUGGGGUUAUCUCAUGGUCAUCCUUCUGACGAAAGCUUCAAUGAAAGUGAGCUGUUCAACGAACAAGUUCAAUCCAUAGAAAGCUCUAUUCCUGCGCCUCCCGCUCAUUUUAAGCUGAGGGAUGAUCAUAUAUCAGGAAGUUCAUUAAAAGCUCCCAAAUCAUUCUUUUCUCUCUCAACUUUCCGAAGCAAAGGAAGUGACUCAAAACCCAGAUGAUAGUUCACCGAGUGAGGAGGCCUGGCAAGUGAUUUGAAUCAUCUUCAAUGAUAUGGUGUAAAGGACAACUUUAAAAAAAUAUGAUACAUAAAAGAGAGGUAGGCAUGAUACAGUGAUUCUAUAUGAAAGAUAUAUAAUAUGGGGUAAUGUAUAUUUUCUUGGAUUCAUGAGUUUUUUCCCCUAUGAUUUAGUUAGUCAUGGCUGUGUUGAAAAAUAUGCUGCAUACCAGUGCAGUGUCUUUGUAAUUUUGGCAGCAGUGACAUUCUUUUUAAGCAUUUACUUUGAUUUGUUACUUGUGUGAUUAUGUAUAUCAGAUUUGAACUCUUGUUAGUCAGUAUAGUUAGAAUUAAGAAAGAGUAAUGUGAUUGCGGAGUUAAAUAAUAGCCUUUUCAAAAGAUUAUUUCUUUCUCCCAUGUGAACAGACAAAUAAGAAAUAUCGGAAUCUUUUACCGCUUCA